AUGGCUUUUCACAUCAGAUUCGAUUGCCGCAGAUCUGACCCGAAAUAUGUGAGAGCAGUUGUGACGGCCCUACGUUAUGUUGGAAAGAUGGGAUUCUGGGAAAGUUUUCUCACGAAGAAAGUUUAUGAAGAACUGGUCAAGGAAGAGGGCCCGACUUUCUGUCAGCAUAUCAGUAACGAAGAGAUAAAAAGAAUCAUGUGCAAGCAGGCGAAGCAAGCGAAACUGUCGAAAGAAAUGAAGAAGGAAGAUCAGAUUCGCCUUCAGAAAAGCGAGGAGCUUCUGCAAGCCCUACAGGCAUCACAUUUCAUUUUCUCUUAUGAUGAUCCUCCCGUCGUGGGCAGCGCCUAUCCACUUACAAAUCAAGUGCUUGAGGACUAUCUUGGAAGUGCAUGUUGUGCUUCACGUAAUUCUGAGCCAUUGUUUGAGGAUGGGAAGAGCCCCUUUUUUGGUGAAGCCCAGAAGUAUGAUAUUGACCCCGAGGUCAUGGGAUCGAAUGAGAUUUACCACCCUGACUACCCCGAAAAUAAUGGGGUCCUUUCACCGGCGGACGGAGUGGUCAACAUUGUGACGAUUAGUUAUGGUGCUGGUGCAACUGAACAUGACGUUGAACAUUAUGAAAAUCAGUUGGGUCAAGAAGUUAACGAAAUCGCUACUGUUGUUAUUGAUGAAGUGAAGCCACCUACAAUGGAACCAUUUUCGGAGAUUGAUGCUUUACGUCAGGCUCAACCGUACCGUCUACCACCUAAGAAGCGUCAUAGGUUCCAUCCAUUUGGCAUGAAAUCUUCAAAGAUAAAACGCCAGGUUUGA